AUGUGAUUAGUUAUAAUUUCAAAACUUUUAACGCUAAAAGAAUACAUUUGUUCUGUGCAUAGGGUUUAGUACAUCAAAUCAGUUUCCAUGAAUUACCAGAUUAAAUAAAAAAGCAAAAAAAAAGUUUAUAACCACGAAUUUCAUUGGAAAUGGGCAACUCUAAUGAGCAGACCUUCAAUAGUAACAAUUCAAAUAAAAAUUGUCAAAACAAUGUAACAACGACUUUGUUUAAUGUCGAAAAUGCUGAGCCACAAAAACAUUCGUAUCCGAAACGUAUAUUCCUAAUCGUUAGCAUGGAGUUCUGUGAACGCUUCAAUUUCCAUGGACUGAAUACAAUUUUGGUAUUGUAUUUGAAAAACAAACUUGAUUUUACUGAGAAUUAUGCCACGAUGCUGUAUCAUACAUUGGUGAUGAUGGUAUUUUUCACAUCAAUCUUUGGCGCCAUUUUGUCCGAUGUUUGGUUGGGAAGAUUCAAAACAAUUUUGUGUUUGUCAAUCUUAUAUGCGAUUGGAAGCUUUAUCGUUUCAAUUGGAGCGAUCCCAGGGAUUGCAUUUUCGCCUGAAGCUGCACUUUACAUCGGUUUGAUUUUGAUUGCAUUCGGUAGUGGGGGCAUUAAACCAUGUGUGUCGGCUUUCGGGGGAGAUCAGUUUAAAUUGCCCGAACAAAACACACAAAUGACCAGCUUUUUUUCCAUGUAUUAUUCUAUGAUUUUUGUUGGCGCAUUAAUUUCAACGCCAAUCACACCUGUUCUAAGAUCAGACGUACAUUGUUUUGGUGAAGAUGAUUGCUAUUCGCUUGCAUUUGGGGUACCUGCAAUGCUUAUGAUUAUAUCCAUUCUGCUUUUUACAAUCGGCAAACCGUCUUAUACUUAUGUUAAACCAUCGUCCGAGAAUAUGUUGAUGAAAAUGUUGAAAUGCAUUUGGAAUGCGAUAAUCAUCAAGCACCGCGAAGGAAAAACGAAUCCACGUGAAAAUCUGCUAGAUUAUUCAAUUGAAAAGUAUGGGACUCAACUGGUGCAUGAAACGAGAAUUAUUUUGAAAAUGUUGACACUUUAUUUACCGUUGCCUUUAUUUUGGACAUUAUCUUUUCAACCUGGAUCACGCUGGACAUUUCAAGCCAAUCAAAUGAACGGUGAUCUUGGAUUUUACACCAUUAAACCAGAUCAAAUUCAAAUGAUGGAAUCACUAUUUACACUUAUAUUUAUUUCAUUGUGUGAGAUCCUAAUUUAUCCCAUUCUAAGUAAAAUUGGCAUUCGACGACCAUUACAGAAGCUAACUAUUGGUGGCAUUUUGAUGGGAACCUCAUUCCUACUCUCUGCUUGGGUCCAAUUUCAAAUUGAAUCCAUGCCUAUGAAUUCCGUAAGCAUGCUAUGGCAAGUUCCGCAGUAUGUUCUUUUAUCAAUGGCUCAAGCAAUUUUUGAUGUAACCGGCCUAUCGUUUUCAUACAAAGAAGCUCCAGAGAGCAUGAAAUCGGUUGUUUUAUCAUUUUGGCUUUUAGAAGUCGCUAUGGGUAAUGUUAUUCUUGUUAUUAUAAGCGGAUUGGAAUUGUUUGAAUCACGUCUAUAUGAAUUCCUCUUUUUUUCUGGUAUCAUGUUCUGCGGUAUGUGUGUAUUCACAGUCCUUGCCUAUAAUUUUGAAAAAUUUAAAAAAACUAAAGUACUUGAAUUCUAAAAUUUAAGUAGU